UGAACUGCGCGCAGGCGCGGGCUGCCGCAGACUCCGGGAUUCUCAGGUGUGCGCGCUGCUGUGGCUGGUGAAGCAGACCAGCGACCCUGCUUCUUCCGGGUCGGUCGCGGUGCGCAGGGUCCCGCGAAGUCGUGAAUCCCUGGUGGGGCUGAAGGCGGAUCCUGAGGGGAGGGGAGCAUCUUGUAAAGACACUAGAAGAAGUAUAAUGUCUCAGGAAGGCGAUUAUGGGAAGUGGACGAUAUCCAGUAGUGAUGAAAGUGAGGAGGAAAAGCCCAAACUGAACAAGCCAUCUACCUCUCUUCUCCCCCAUGCUGGGCAGGAAGCAGCAUAUGAGCCAAGAUACACCUGUUCGGAUGCUCGGAAAGCUGCCCACCAGCGGAAAAUGUCUCCCGUGAUAUUCAGCAACACAGGUGCAGUUCCAGAAGUUUCACCUCCCAAAAGGCAGAAGACUGGUUCCCAGGAAGACCUGGGUUGGUGUCUCUCCAGCAGCGACGAUGAGCUGCCACCAGAGACGCAGCAGAAGCGGGCUGAGAAAGUGGUGAUCAAAGAGGAGAAAGACCUCUCCCCUCUCAAAGACAGUGCUGCCCCAAGAGCUGGAGAUCAUGUCCGCCAGGGGCUCAAAGAGGAGGAAGAAGAGUACGAAACGUCAGGGGAGGGCCAGGACAUUUGGGACAUGUUGGAUAAAGGGAACCCCUUCCAAUUUUACCUCACUAGAGUCUCGGGAAUUAAGCCAAAGUAUAACUCGGGAGCCCUCCACAUCAAGGAUAUUUUAUCUCCUCUAUUUGGGACGCUUGUAUCUUCAGCACAGUUUAACUACUGCUUUGACGUGGACUGGCUCAUAAAACAGUAUCCACCAGAGUUCAGGAAGACACCGAUCCUGCUUGUGCAUGGUGAGAAACGAGAAGCUAAGGCUCACUUACAUGCCGAGGCAAAGCCUUACAAGAACAUUUCCCUUUGCCAGGCAAAGUUGGAUAUUGCAUUUGGAACACAUCACACGAAAAUGAUGCUACUGCUGUACGAAGAAGGCCUCCGGGUUGUCAUACACACCUCCAACCUCAUCCGUGAAGACUGGCACCAGAAAACGCAAGGAAUGUGGCUGAGCCCCUUGUACCCACAAAUUGCCCACGGAACCCACAGAUCUGGAGAAUCAACAACACGUUUUAAAGCUGAUCUCAUCAGCUACCUGACGGCUUAUAAUAUCCCUGCUCUCAAGGAGUGGAUAGAUGUCAUCCAUAAGCAUGAUCUCUCUGAAACAAACGUUUACCUCAUUGGAUCAACCCCAGGACGCUUUCAAGGAAGUCAGAAAGAUAAUUGGGGACAUUUUAGGCUUAGGAAGCUUCUGAAAGAGCAUGGCUCAUCCAUACCUAAAGCCGAGGCCUGGCCCAUAGUAGGUCAGUUUUCAAGCAUUGGCUCCAUGGGGGCUGACGAAUCGAAGUGGUUGUGUUCCGAGUUUAAGGAGACCUUGGUGAUGCUGGGGGAGGAAAGCAAGCCCCUACGGAAAAGUGCCGCUCCUCUUCACCUGAUCUAUCCAUCUGUGGAAAAUGUGCGAACCAGCUUAGAAGGAUAUCCAGCUGGGGGCUCUCUUCCCUAUAGCAUCCAGACGGCGAAAAAGCAGAAUUGGCUUCACUCCUAUUUUCACAAAUGGUCAGCUGAGACAUCUGGCCGCAGCAAUGCCAUGCCCCAUAUUAAGACAUACAUGAGACCCUCUCCAGACUUCAGCCAGAUUGCGUGGUUCCUCGUCACAAGCGCGAAUCUGUCCAAGGCCGCCUGGGGAGCGUUGGAGAAAAACGGAACCCAGCUGAUGAUCCGCUCCUAUGAGCUCGGGGUCCUUUUCCUCCCUUCAGCAUUUGGCCUGGACAGCUUCAGAGUGAAACAGAAAUUCUUCUCGGGCAGCCAGGAGCCGACAGCUUCCUUCCCUGUGCCGUAUGAUCUGCCUCCAGAAGUGUAUGGGAGUAAAGAUCGGCCGUGGAUUUGGAACAUUCCUUAUGUCAAGGCCCCAGAUACACACGGAAACAUGUGGGUUCCGUCCUGAGGGUUGAAGUUCUGUGAAGCUUAAGUUGUAAGACACUGAGCGGCAACCACUUGAUGUUCCUGUUUGUACUUGGUGUUCACUUCCCUUAAAGUUUUAUCUGCACCCCUGACUCUUUCCACAGGUCACUCUUUUUCACAUGGAUAUUUGUUGUAGUCAUUAUUAACAUUUCUCACUGAAAAAUAUUAAAGAUAUUUUCUUAAUUGCC